AUGGAUGUACCUGUACCUGGGCAACCUAAUCAUGAAGACUGUGGUCUGUAUGUCAUCCACUUGGUCAAGAUUUUUGUCAAACAUCAAGCCAAGAUGAUGACGUGGAUUCAUCACUGCAUUCUCAACUACAACCAUCACAUUGGCAACCCACAAAAGCCAACAAUUGAGAAAGUUUCAACAUUGGGAAAUGAUGUCAGCAGUGGUGACAGUCCAUCUUGCAUCACCUUUCCAACCAAGGAAGUAGUUGCUGCUGAAGAUCAUGUAGCGGCAUCACGCAAGCGGACCUGCAGCAAAUCUUCAAGUUCAGCAUCUGAAAGAGGGUCCAAGUUCUCUUCCAAUUUUGUCAUUUCAGAAACGCAUUUUGGCUCACCAGUGAAAGAUCAAGUCAAAGAAUCAUCAAACAAUCAACAUCACCCAAGCAUCAGAAGGAAAGUGAUGGAAGCAACUCACCUCUGA